GUUCGAUCAUAGGGUUUUUCGAAAAAUGGUGAAGACGAACAAAUCAAAGAGCGCGGAGCGUGUAGGCAAGGGCAAAGUGACUCCGAUGCAAGUCGCCUUCCUCGUGGAUCGAUACCUUUGCGAUAACCGCUUCUUGGAGACCAGAUCCAUCUUCAGAUCAGAAGCUUCUUCUCUCAUCUCCAAAUCCCCUCUUCGCGAAGUUCCGUACAGUUUGAUACCUUUGGAUGAUAUUUUGAACGAAUACAUAAGCCUCAAGGAGCAGAAAGUCAUUGUAGAUCAAGAGAAAGCUAGACUUGAUUUAGAGAAAACUCGAGUUCAGAAUCUAUUACAUGGUAUGCAAGAUGUCAUGAACGUUUACAACUCCACCGCAGCUCCUCCUCCAGCGAUUACUGCAGCUCCGGCGGCAGCUAUUCAAGUGGUUUCCUCUACUUCUCAACCUAGUAACGUCAACAUUGGUGUUUCUACUUCAGGCGGCACAGUGCAUCAUAGCAGACCUAGUCUUAUGUCAGCAUCGUUGCCAGGAAACAAAAGAGUUGGAAACUUCACAGCACCUUCUUGUACCACUACUCAUUCUGUAACCAGAAAGCGAAAGAGUCCUGAGGUUUCUCUACGAGGAGAUAUUGCUCCUCUUUCUUCUGUUUCUAAUAAAGGGAUGAAAAAGAUUCCACGAGCUGCUAUGACCACUAACUACUUGACGUUUCAACCGCCGGUGAAUAACAGUGUAGCUAAUGGCUCAUCUGAUCUUCCAUCAACUGUGGCUAAGCGUUUGUGUUACGGAUCAUCAGACAUGUCACCUCCCACCAAUUCAGCUUGUCCGAAGACACCACAGAAGCAAGUAUCUCCUCAGCAAGAAGUUACUCCUCCUACAAACUGCACAAUCCUUACCAAGGAGAGAAUCACGGUCAGUCCUCACAAGCAGAUUGGUUCUUUCACAGUGGAGAGGAGCCGUAUGGUUUCUUCUUUUUCUCCGGUUAAGUCUAAUCUCAAGAUGUCGAGUAAAAGAGAUCAUGUGAAAGGAAGGCUUAACUUUGAUGAUGAAGAUGAAGCCACAAUGAAUUUAGACGCACCUGCUUCUGGAGAUUUGGUUUCGUCUUCUUCAUCUGGCUCUGGCUCUGGCUCUGAAGCAGAAGUUGAUUUGUUUGAUAUAGAUUUUCUGAGUGAAAACUUUCCAUUCUCGGAGGUACUAAAUGAUUUCGAUCUUGGUUAUGAAGGACUACCUGACCCUUGCCUGCCACAACCUUUAAACUUUAACACGGAGACUGCUUCAGGGUCAUCUCCUGGAUCAAUGAAUGAGAAUCUAGCGCCUGACCAGGUCGUGUCUGAGUAUACUUCAACAGUAACAGAAAUGAUUCAAGAAAAAGACAUGAACACACAAGGAUCUGACUCCAUGACUACUGUAAAGUCCAUAACAAAGUGCCUACGAAUCUUGAGUCCUGCCAAGAGUGGAAGACAAAGAAGUCACAACUGAUGGAUUCUGAGAGCUUCAACAUUAACUUAGAUCACAAUCUGUGAGAUGAUGCAAUCUUUCAUUCCUUUUGGUUGGCUCCUAACUAGGUUUACCUUUAAGUGAAUAUAGGUUCUAGAUGCUUUUUACUACCAAAACUAUCUGUAUCAGUCCAAUUACAUCUUCAGCUUCUCAUCGUUUUCAAAGGCUUUCAAUGUAAAGCAGAACCAUUUGAUGAUGUAUUAUGUCAUACUAGGUGAUUUUCC